AACCGGGGGCGGACUGACCAUUUGGAAACUCGGGCACUGCCCGAGGGCCCGGGGUCAGUAGGGGGCCCCAUGAGAUGCCCCUGGUACCUUUUUCAUAGGCUUUUUUGAGUUUGGACAAGGACACAGGGGCCCCAUGAUCCCCUAUUGCCUGGGGGCCCCAUGAGUUGUCAGUCCGCCCCUGAUCCCAACUCUUUUUCUUACUCAUAUGGUCCUGUGCGGGGUGCCCCAAGGUUCCAACUGCCUAGGGGCCGCCACAGAGUUUAUUCCAGUACUGCUUGGGGUGCCAUU